CAUCUGCACCGACAGACGCGGACCUAUCGGACCCUUGCUGAGAACGGCGAUUGGGCUGGCCGUCUGCGCGAGCGCCCAGGUUUGGAGGCGUGGCUGGAGUGCUGCAUCGUGGCGCUCAACACCACGUGGCUCGAGGGCGACGCGUGCUGGCCGAAGCUUUCGGCGCUCGGUCAGGCGCGGCACGUCACUGCGGCUCGGGCGCGCGCAUUCUGGACCUUGGAGUGGCGCGUGGAGGCCUUCCUGGGGCCGCAGCCUGAGCCGCUGCCGAGCGCGCCAGCGUCGACCUUCCUGGCGUCGCGCAGCAUCAGCCAUACCUGGGAGGCUGUCCGCCGAGCCGAGGAGCUGAGCUGGGCGCGGGCCUUGCCGGGGCUGCCGCCCGAGGAUCGGUGCGCGACUCUGCGGGUCGUGGACCUCUGCGGUGAGCGCAUGGCCUGCUGGUUCAACGAUCCGCUCUCGACGCUGGCGCUGCUGGACACGGCGCCAGUCCGCCCGAAGCUUGGGCGCGUCAUGUGCGAGCGGGAGUCGCUGCUCCCGCUGGCGCGCGGGCUUCUGGAGCGAGGGCUGGUCAUUCCCUCUCAGGAGGCGGACCUCUUGAAGAUCCAGGGCAAGCCUCUGCUCAACGGGCUGAUCGGCGCGCCCAGGAGCCAGGUGGCCCGUGAGGACCCCGAGGGGAAGGAGGUGCUGAGGCCCAUGAUUCUCACUGCGACGAACGAUGUCUCCCUCGACUUUGGGGGGGAUACUGGCGCCCUGCCAUACUUCGCGCAAUGGAGGUCCAUCGCGCUGGGGCCAGACGAGGAGCUCGCGUGGUCGUUCGACGACCUCACGGGGGCCUUUUACCCCUACAGGCUGCCCGAUGCCUGGGCGCCGCUGUUCGCGUUCGACGCGGUCUUCGACGCGGCGAGCUUGGGCUUGGGGGUGCCGUUCGGGGGCCAGGUCUACCUCGGCGCGGUCGCCAUGCCGAUGGGGUACAAGCACGCGAUGGGUCUGGUGCAGUACGUGCACAGGCGCAUGCUGUCCGAGGCCGGGCUGGGACCUUCGCCGCUGCCGAGGGGCCGCGAGGUGCGCAAGGACAGGUCUGUCCCCGCGCAGCGGGGGGGCUCGGCCUUGAGGGAGCUCUGGCAGCUCUACUGCGACGACGCGGACUACGCCGAGCUCGCGCGCCGACGUUCGGAGCCGGCGGGAGGCUUCGCCGCCAGCGCGCGCGACCGCUACGCCCAGCGAGACGCGCCGCUGAGCGAGAAGAGCGGGGCGCGCGCGCCCUCUUGCCAGCGGCUGGGGGCCCUGGUCGACGGCAGAGACGGGCGCGUCCGCGCCCCCCCUUCCAGGGCCGCCCUCUGCGCCCAGCUGGCGGCCCAUCUGCUCGCGGAGGCUGUCAGCAGGAAGGAGGCCCAGGUGGUCGCCGGGCAUUGGUGCCACCUGAGUUGCAUCAGGCGCGAGUGCGGCACGGUCUUCCGGAGGCUGUGGCGCACCAUCGCCCAUUGGGACGGGGGCAGGAGGAACCUGCUGUCGGCGGAUGUCUGCGCCGAGCUGGCCCUUGCCCUCAGCCUGCUGCCGUUGCACGAGUUUGACCCCCCCACGCCCGUGGACAGCAUGAUCCCCGCGAGCGGCGCGUCGGAGAGGGGUGGCGGUGCUUGCUGGACGAGGAGCCUCCGUCCAGAGUUUCGCGACUCGGCCUUGUCGGUCUUGGCGCAGGGCCAAGGUGCGAACAGGGGCGAGGCGGGCAUCAUCGAGCUGUUUGGUGGCAUCGGCGGCGGGCGCAUGGCCCUGGAGCGACUCGGCAUUGAGGUCUGUCCCCACGCCUCCGCCGAGGUCUUCGAGCCCGCCAAGCGCGCGGCGCAGCAGCGUUGGCCCGACUGCGUUGAGCUGGGGGGCGUCCGCUCCAUCACGGCCGAGUCGCUGCGCAGCCUCCUGGCGAAAGCGCCCCACUUGCGGGUGCCGUUCGCCCUCGGUGGGUCGCCCUGCCAGGGCGCCGCGCGGGCCAACGCGGCCGCAGGAGGCUGGGCCGAGGCGCUCGCCCAGCCGGUCAGGCACAUUCCCCGCGUCGCCACCUUGGCGCGGGAGGCGUGUCCUGAGCUCGCGGCGCUGCCCCUCGCGGAGAACGCCAGCUCCAUGAGCGAGGAGGGCCGCCGCCACUUCAACAGGGCGCUGGGCUCAGUGCCGAUCGAGCUCUGCGCCAGCGGCUGCAGUCUGGCCAGGAGGCCGAGGUUGCACUGGCUCGACUUCCCGCUGGGCCCUCAGACCCCAGAGUUGAGCUGGGAGGUGGAGGCCGGGGCGAUCCGAGGGACGCUCCGAGGGGCAUGGCCUUUCUGGGCCGAGUGGCUCGAGAGCGGGGCGAGCCGCCCACGGGGAGAGCGCGGUGCCCGGGCGACCUUCACGCGCCCGAUCCCCCGCGAGGAGCCACCAGUCGCCCCCGCGGGCCUCGCGAGCACGGGGCCUGCCGCGCGGGCUCGCUGGGAGGCAGACCAGUAUCGCUACGCCCCGUACCAGAACAAGCUUGGCAACAGGGUCUAUGACCGCCAGGGGUGCCUCCGCCCUCUGACAAGUGCGGAGAGGGCCGUGCGGUUGGGCUUUCCAGCCAAGAACUGCCCCUGGGCUGUGCCAAUGUCCGCGGGCUUCUCAGGCCGCGAGGUGGAGGACGCACGCCGUGGUCUCUACGGCAACACCUUCUCGGCCCCCGUGGUGGCGAUGUUGCUGGGCCGCGGCCUGUUGGCCGCAGGUGCGCUGGUGGACGAAUACCUCCGCCAGCUUCUGGGCAAGGCCCCCGCCGACGCAAGUUCCAAGCAGGUGCACGACGCCAUGCGCGAGGGCCUGGCCCGCUCUGUCAUCUCCAAGGGCAGCGACGCGCGCAUCGCGAGCGGGCACGUCCACAACCCGGCUGGCUGGCCGCGCCGCGGGGUGGAAGCGCAUAUGUGGCAGUGGAAG